CAGCGACACCCUAUGCGAUGAUGAUGGGCAACGGCACGCAUGAGUCGCAGCAGCACAGCCAGCAGCAGCAGCAACACCACCACCACCAGCAACAGCACCAUCAUCAGCAGCAUCACCAUCAGGGCCAACAGCAAAUGCACUACGGUCACCACCAGCAGCUCUCUCACCAACAGCAGCAACACCAGGCCCAACAGCAGUCGCACUUCCCUCAGCCGCAUCAGUACCAGCACAAUCAGCAGCAGGACGCGCAUCAUCACCAGUUAUCGCACAACUUCAUUGCUGGUGCCUCGGCUGCGCUGCCGCACACUGAUAUCUACGGCGGUUUCAAAUUCAUCAACCCGCUGUAUCAAGGGCGGCUGCUGUCUCCGCAGACGAAUGCCUCCCAACAGACUGCGCAGUCGCUCUACCCCACUCAUCAGCAUCAACACCAGCAGCAUGUCGACCAGCAGCAACACCACCACCAGCAGCAGCAGCAUCAUCACAGCCAACAGCAGCAGCAAGCGCAGCAGCAGGCUGGCGCAAAUUUUGCUGGCACAAACGGUGUCUCCGCACAUACUGUGCCGUCACAGGUUAACCCCUCGAGCGCAGUUGCCGCUGCCGCAGUCGCUGCCGCUGCCGCUGCAGUUGCUGACCUCUCCAACCCCUUCCAGCUGCCGUCGGCUAAUGGCACCGGAAUGUAUGGCUACUAUUCCGAGUCGCUGCCGCCAUGGGAAGCCUCAAACGGUAGUACAGAGCUAUCCAAUGGGCAGUCGCAUUCGUCGCCGUCGACGCCGGUAGACAACACUGUAGUAUCGCAGGCCCAGUACACUCUGCAUGCGGUAGACAACCCUGUGUACCCGAUAGACUCGGUGUCAGGGUCAACCGGACCGUCAGCCACGUCCUCCUCGUCAAUGACCCCGGCAAGCAUUAUCAAUCAGCCCAUUGCCACGCCAUCAUCGGUUGCGCUACUCGACCCGUCAUCUGUGUCGGUCGAUACCGAUAGUGCCAGCAUCCUGACUGACAUCAAGCGUGAUGGCAGUGCCAACAGUGCCGAUGCUGUGUCGAGCAGCCAUGGGUCGACUUCCAGUGACCUGACAGCAGUUGUCUCGCAGCAGGCAUCGUCAUCAUAUCUGUACGGGUUCCAGCACGAAUCUGCUGGCUCGCCAUCCCUGAAUGAUGUCGCAAGCAACCUGUUCUCGCUGCGUCAGAUGAGCGGAAACAAUAGCCAGGAGGCUACCUCCCUUGACGAGCAGCGCAGCGAGGCUGCUGAAAAGCACAGUUCAUUUGACGAAGUGUCCCCAGUCGACCGGUUAGCAGCAGUAGCAGCGGCGGCAGCCUCGGCGUCACAGGACCCCCCACAAAUGAAGCAGGAUGGUGUGUUAUCGCCGAAUCCGGCUGAGCUGAUGCAGCAGAGCCAGGAGCAGCAAAGUGUGCAGCAGCAACAGGAGCAGCAGCAGGAGUCGCAAGCGGAUGCCCACCGGCUCCGGCACAAUCUGCUGCAGGGCUCAUUCAAUCUGGGCGUGGUGCCUGAUAAUGUCAAUUUCAGCAAUUACUAAUACUCUCCUCAUUUCUGCUUUUGCAAGCAUCCGUUUCUAUCUAAAUAUCUUAAUAUACAAC